AUGGGGUGCCAAGAGAGCCUGGCUGCAGAUUUGGGUCUGAAAUCCUCCUCCUCACAUUCUGAUCACUCCUCUGAAACCUCAUUGCCUGACGUCCCAAAGCAGAAAUAUCCUGAGGAGUUCAGCCUACUUAAAUUGCAGACAAAAGAUGGGCAGCGUCCCGAAUGGACAUUUUACCCGAGGUUUAGCAGCAAUAUCCACACCUACCAUGUUGGAAAGCAGUGUUUCUUCAAUGGGGUCUUCCUUGGCAACAGGAGGUCUCUGUCAGAGAGAAGGGUGGACAAGUGCUUUGGGAGGAAGAAAUACGAUAUUGAUCCUAGGAAUGGAAUACCAAAGUUAACUCCAGGAGAUAAUCCAUAUAUGUACCCAGAACAGAGUAAAGACUUCCACAAAGCAGGAUCAACUCUCCCACCAGUGAAUUUCUCCAUAGUGCCUUAUGAAAAGAAAUACGAUACUUUUAUUCCACUUGAGCCUCUUCCACAAAUUCCUACCUUGCCUUUCUGGGUGAAGGAGAAGGCCAACAAGCUGCAGAAUGAGAUAAGAGAGGUUGAGGAGCUUGACAAUUGGCAACCAGCAUCCCCCUUGAUGCACGGUUUACUCCUUCCUGGUGGGUUAAAGAACCUUCAAAGAAUAGUAUAAAAACUGGAGGCAAGCACAGAGGAGCAGGCUUUUGAGAGGCUUCGCGGUGGAGAGGAGAGAAGACAAAGCCUCUCCCGGAGUGGAUGGUGUCCUUUGCCCCAACGUGGUUCCUUGGGCCUAUGUCACGGCCACGCAUCGCUGGUUGAGUAUGUUGGUUGAGCACUGUUAGUCUUGUAACAGAGCACAGCCUUUAACUCCGUGCCUCUAUCCACAGGUUCUUUGGAUUCUGCAAGAUGAUCCUGAACAGACACAGGCCCAUAGAGCAUGUACUGACUGUAGUCUGGAGAGCCUCUUUCAAUUGAUUGCUUCUGUCAGUGUGACUGCUCUAAAUCAAAUGUUUGCCUUUGAUGAGUAAUCACUGUGCUUUGCUCUUUUUAACUUUAUAUUUUGAAAAACUUUCAAACUUUACAGAAAAGUCAUGAGACUCAUACAAUGAACAAAUACCUACGUAUCCUUCACCCAGAAUCUACAAUUGUUAACAUUUGUCAAACUUUGUGCAUUCUUUCUCUCUCUUUCAUUACUCUUAUUAUUUUGUGGAAUUAUUUGAGAGUGAGUGGCCGACAUCAUAACCCUUUACUCCUACAUACUAUAUACUUCAGUAUGUAUCUCCUAAGGUCAGGGAUCUUCUCCAACAGUUGCAAUACAAAUACUGAAGUCAGGGAACUUAACAUUGAUGCAGUUCUACUGGUAGAUAGCCCACCUUCAGUUUUAUUCAGUUAAAUUUACUUUUCGAAAGAUGCUCUCAAAUCAAUGGUAAAAUGCAGACACGGAGCUUUCAUUAAUUUGGUAAAAUUGUUCUCAUUUUAUUAAUACUAUUUGAGAUUUUCUCUACUAUUCGCUUGGUACGUGUUGGAAAAAUGUGAAGGCUGGAUCUGCACAGGUAAUUCAUACCAUCCUCCUGCAACUCCAUUCCCCAUUUCUGUAGCAUUUGUCCACCCAGUUAUGCAGGACUGAAGCUCAAUGAGGACCCAGUCCUGAGUCUUUUUUUUUUUUUUUUUAAAGAUUUUAUUUAUUUAUUCAUGAGAGACAGAGAGAGAGACAGAGGCAGAGGGAGAAGCAGACUCCCCGCGGAGCAGGGAGCCCGAUGCGGGACUCGAUCCCAGGACCCUGGGAUCGUGACCUGAGCCGAAGGCAGACGCUUAACUGACUGAGCCACCCAGGUGUCCCCCAGUCCUGAGUCUUAAGGCCUUUCAUCAAUCAGGCAAGAAGCAAAUAUUUGGAGAAAAAGAUGGGAACAAAAGCCAACUGUAUACAGUCAGGCUGUGACCCUCCGCAGUCAAGCCAGUGACUCAGCAUCUUCGUAGCCAAUCUGCUCUACUAAGGAGACUUCGCUGGUUGGCUAAUGAGGGCUGCAGGUCUGGUCUCCCCAAACCUCAAAAUGGGAAGAGAGAACUGGGGCCCAGACUGACACUCAAAAUGCCCAAGACACAGAUAUGGUUUCUUUCCCUGUCAAAGCAUUAUUUCUAGCCAUAGCCGAAGUAAAUGAAGCAGGUUUAGAACACAGUACAUUCCUGGUCUCUUCAUACUGGCCUUUGGACCUACUAACAGAGAACAUGAUGGUCAUACCACCAGCAACUGUGUCUGACCACUCCUUGGGUUGACAUCAACAUGCCUCUGUGCUGAUUCUCUUGUCCCUGGGACACAAAGCUCACCCCUAACAAAAUCCAGAAAAGAAAAUAAAACCAAACAAUUUAGGAAAGGAAAGAAGAGGUUGCCAACAGAUUUUCUCAAAUACGUCCACUCCUGAAAAAAAUAAUUUUUUGUGCUUCUAUGAGUUAAAAUAUAAAAAAGUCAGUUGCGACCACCCGUGUGGAUGCAUAAUGGAGAACACAAUAUAAAUGCAAAAAGUGAUUCUGCAGGAAUUUCCAGAUGGGAUUAUCUAAGUGGAACAGGAAACUGCUCUCAGAGGGGACUCUGGUGUUUUGGAGGGAAGAAGUCCUACACAGCAAAGGUAUUAAGAAAAAGAACCAAAGUACAGUUUCAGAAGAUGAAUAGCAGCCUCUAGAUUUCAAAGAGGUCUACAUAAUUCCUACACGCGGCUCUAAACCAAAGUAGAUAGGAUUAAAAAAGAAAACUAUUGAAUAAUUGACCUCCUGGAGUUGUAGUGCUACAUUCCAUCUCCUGGAAAUCAGGGCAAUUUUCACUGGAUUUGGGGUGCUCUGUGGGCACAUCUCAGUGGCCAGGUCUUAGACUCCUUGGCAUUGCCAACAGCCAGCAGGUGAGGAGUUCCAUUGCUAACUUUGGGCAGGACAUAAAUGCAUGUGCAUGCAUCUUUUGGGGAGACUAAGGCAUAGAACAAAUGGCCAAGUGGCAAAACUAUGUGGGUGUCCUAGCUUUUCCAGUCGUCCUUUCUAGGCUCAAAAAUGUUG